AAUGCCAUAGGGAGGGUUAGGGUUAGGGUUAAAAAAAUUUUUUUUUUUUUGAAUGCGACGCGAUCUACCUGUACUACCUUUCUGAUCUACUGGUCGAUUGCGAUCAACGUAUUGGGCACCCCUAGUCUAUUACCAUGCAGCCAGAAAUGACAGCGGAGAUGGCUUGCUACGAUAGGCAAUGGUGACCAUCCCCACUGUUUAGACUGUUUGUGCCAUUGUCUGGAUUGCCCUUUUAUCCGCAUUGCCUCCAUGUGUAAAUCCAGUGGUCAUCAGCCUUUAAGGGUAAGAAGCAAGUUCUUACUGAGGAUGACCUGAUGCUAAUCUAGAUGCUGUCAGGACUUGUGAACCAUGAAGACAUUGUAAAGGAUGUCAUCCCUGCAGUCCAAUUAUUGUGAGUCUUUGCUUCAUCAGUCAUAGAGAUAAUGGAAAGUGUUGAUGUCAUGGUUUUCCAAUAAUUCUUCCAAUGUGGACUUCUUCAUUCUUUCUUGACUUGCAUGAGAUCCUUCUACAGUAGCAGCCAUCAUCACAAGCAUCUUUUUCUUCCUGACUAUGUUUGUAUGGAGGUGAAGUUGCUGAAGGAAGGAUUUCCCAUAAAGGCCAAUGCAUAUGGUGUGACUGGUAGCCAGGAAGCAGGUCAGACAAUGUGAACAUUUGGGGUAGUAUUCUGAUAACCCCACUUACUUUUUAACUUAAAGAGAAAAAAAUGCUAACAGAACCACUGUCAACAAUUGUAAAUACAGUCUUCAAAAGAACUGAAAUGAUCAUAACUGAAAUCUCUUUUAUCACAUGUAAGCUCUCAUUUGAGCUCCUCUCUCCUUCGUGGUCUUCUCAAGAGGACGUCACCUUCCCAGGGUUUCACAUUGUCUGUCCCCGGGACCUGAAGUGACAGAACUUUCUUCUGACCGUACUGUUGGACCUGGUUGCCCUCACUGGGUGUGUUUUCUGGCCUGUGAAAAAAGUAGAGGAGACCAUUAGCAACAGCUCCCUCUGUUUUCUGGGAGUGGAACUGCUCACCUCAGCUGAGCUGAUCAGGAGGAGCCCUCUGGCAUGCAUGGAUGCAAAUUUUCCCAUUCUUUAAUAGGUAGUUUUGCAUAAAUGCGCUGUCUACAACCAUAAAGAACACUCAUUGUAAUAAGCAGGUGAUGAGAGGAUUUUUUGAACCGGUGAAAUAUUAAUGAACUGAUAAAGUGUUCAAAGUGCACUUUAAAGGUCACUUCGAUGAAACCUCAGCAGCCUGAGUCGAGAAUGGAAGACAGAGACGUCCCCGACACAGGUGCGGAGAAGAAAGGGAAAUUAAGCCUUGUGCUUGCCUUGGCUACACUGGUGUCUGCGUUUGGAUCUUCAUUCCAGUAUGGAUACAAUGUGGCGGCGAUCAAUUCUCCAUCCCAGUUCAUGCAGUCAUUCUACAAUGCCACCUACUUUGAGCGCUAUGACAGCUACAUUGACGACAGCUACCUGACACUCCUGUGGUCCAUCUCGGUGUCCAUGUAUCCACUUGGAGGAUUUUUUGGGUCUCUAAUGGUGGCUCCUUUAGUGAAUAAACUUGGAAGAAAAGGAACGUUACUAUUUAACAACAUCUUCUCCAUUGUUCCUGCCAUUCUAAUGGGUGCCAGUGAAGCUGCCAAGUCCUUUGAAAUGGUUAUAGUGGCCCGAGUCAUCAUAGGCGUUUGUGCCGGUCUCUCCUCCAAUGUGGUCCCCAUGUACCUGGGAGAGAUGUCACCAAAGAACUUGCGUGGAGCCAUUGGUGUUGUGCCACAGCUCUUUAUCACCAUUGGCAUUCUGGUGGCCCAGAUAUUAGGACUAAGGAGCAUACUGGGAAAUGCAGAAGGAUGGCCUAUCAUGCUUGCUCUCACUGGCAUUCCUGCAGUUAUUGAACUUCUUGUUCUGCCCUUUUUCCCUGAAAGUCCAAGAUAUACUCUCAUUCAGAAAGGAGACACGGAUAAGGCCAGGAGAGAUCUGCAGAAGCUACGGAACAGGGAAGAUGUCGAUGAGGAAAUUGAGGAGAUGCAUGUGGAAGAUCAGUCCGAGAAAGCGGAGGGUCGUCUUUCAGUCCUCACUCUAUUCUCAUUCCGCUCCUUGCGAUGGCAGCUCAUUUCUGUGUUUAUAAUGAACAUGGGCCAGCAGCUAUCUGGGGUUAAUGCGAUCUAUUACUAUGCAGACAGCAUUUACCUUUCUGCUGGAGUGGAGGAGAGCAAUGUCCAAUAUGUGACCAUCGCAACAGGCUCGAUAAACGUCAUCAUGACCCUAAUCGCGGUUUUUAUCAUUGAAGCCUCAGGAAGAAAAUUACUUCUUCUGAUAGGCUUUGGGAUUUGCUGUGGUGCUUGUACAGUCCUGACAAUAACUCUCCAAUUUAAGGAAACUGCCACGUGGAUACCAUACCUGAGCGCUGCCUGCUUAAUAAUCUACGUGAUUGGACAUGCAAUCGGACCCAGCCCCAUUCCUUAUGUGGUGACAACAGAGAUGUUCCGCCAGUCCUCUAGGCCUGCUGCUUUCAUGGUUGCUGGUUCUGUCCAUUGGCUGUCCAACUUCACUGUAGGCCUCAUCUUUCCAUUCUUGGAGAAAGGUCUUGGCCCAUUCAGUUUUAUUGUCUUUGCUGCAAUCUGCCUGGCGACUCUGCUCUACAUCCUUAUGAUUGUUCCAGAAACAAAGAACAAAACAUUUCUAGAAGUCAGCCAGCUAUUUGCCACGAGGAACAAAACCAGAAUAAUUGUGGAGAUGGAGAGCACCUCAGCGAAAGUCACCUCAGAUGGUCCUGACGGCAACAAUGUUCUGCCCAUGACGACUUUGUAAUUAGUGAAUACUGAGAAAAUUAAUAAAGGUGACAA